CAUCAAUUGGGAAAUGCUGUCACUUCACGUGUACGCCUCAUGCAUGGUACCGUACGCAUACUCAAUACAUGCUUGGGCGAUAGGCCUGUGCUGAAACCACCUCUUUGGUCCCUUUCCCCAUUAUGGAUUCCUCAAAGAUCAUCAGAGAGAAAUUCAAUCGCGUCCGAAUCCUCAUUAUAGGCAGAGCGAAUGCCGGCAAAACCACCAUUCUCCAGAGGCUUUGUAACUCAAGGGAGAAACCAGAAGUAUAUAACAGAGCUGGGAAAAAGAUCGAUGCCUCUGUUUUGCAGCGAUCCAGAGAGCGUGGAGAUUUCGAUAUCGAGAAUGGAUUGGUGUUUCGAAACUAUCCAGGAUUCAUCUUUCACGAUUCACGCGGUUUCGAGGCAGGCGGGGAAUCCGAAUACAACGAGGUGACGGCAUUUAUCGCAGGCCGUUCUAAGAAAAUCAGUUUAGAGGAUCGAAUCCAUGUCAUAUGGUACUUCAUCCCAAUGGAUCGGGCGAGCAGGUGUUUCACUGAAGCAGAACUUAAAUUUUUCCGGAGUGACUAUGGCAGCAUCCCGGUAAUGGUGUUAUUCACCAAAUUUGACGCCCUCUAUGCCGUCGAAUUCGCACGACUGACAGAAAACGGAACAUCGAAGAAAGACGCUAAAAACCUGGCCCCGAAGCACGCUCCGGUGACAUUUGCGAAUGGGUCACAAUUGAAGUUUUUAUACCAAUCCAAGGAUAUCCGGCCUCCAAAAUGUCAUGUAUGCCUCCCUGAUAUGAACAGGGAUGACGCAGAUUGCAGGCCACUCAUGGAACGCACGGCUGAAACUCUCCAUAUUGCUCGGCCAGUUUUUUCAGCAAACAAACUUGCAGAAAUAUCCAGUUGAAAGAAACAAUGAGCACUCAUUAUUUGAUAUUCUUGCUAUAAACACGAUGGUCUGCAAUGUUGGGUUACAUACCGCCGAAGAGCUGCUGUCCAAAGAGAUUGACACAGAUUACAACAACCGCAGCUCGUAUGCCAAACGCUCGGUUGUAAGGACGCGAAAAUCCGAAUGGGAUAAUGCGCUUCAAGACGCAGUUAAGUCCAUUACUAUCCAACCCUCCUUGUUGGGCUACAUUUCCAAGGCCAUUGCACUCUGCGGCAAGGAGCAGCUCUGGGACGCGAAUCAAGCUUUUGAUCUCGCUUUCAUAU